CUCAAUAUUCGAUGCCGCGCUACUGUGCACUAGUGUGCGACAGAUUUUCGCGGAGUUUCCUGGGUGAAGCCAGAACAGACGAGCCGAGGUUUGAGGCUAUAAAAUGUGGCUCUCGUCAAAAUCCAGGCUCCCAUAAAUGCUGACCCAACAAGGGAGUCAGAGAGUCUCCAGGUAGCCAAACGAGGUCAGGCAUUCAGGCAUCCUCCUGACCAGAGAGGCCAGGCAUCAACAAGGCCCGGUCAAAAAUGUCCCUCGAACGUGAGGGUGGGAAGCCUCCUUUCUAUGUCUCCUGGCAGGAAGUUCCUGUUCGCCUGACGCGAGGCAAUCGACUUCUCCACUUCAUCCUCCAGACUGUGGACGGUGCUAUUGUCCUCGCCGCAGUUGGUGUUGAACGCAGCGCACGCCACAUGAUCUUCACCAUCCCUGAGACUUUCAGAUACCCUAUUGGGGCGAAGAAGGUUCCGAAAUCUAAGUACCGCACACGAAGGGAACUAGAGGGAUGGCUUGAAAGCCUGAUUCGAUUGACUCCGCCUGCCAAACGACGCAGUAAGUUGGAUGAACUGUGCAAUGUCAGGAAUUUCCCAAAGGUCCUUGACAAAUUCUUUCUGCAGGACUAGCAACGAAGGAUGAAUGGGCGGCGGGAUACCUGUCACUACCGGAGGCCGGCCAUGCUGUAAAAGACGAGCCUGUUCUUGCAAAUGAAGCAGACCGUACAACGUGUAGGGAGCACGAAAUGCAAGACGGUUUCUCAAGUCCUGAAGGAGUUUCCGUCAAAGUCAGCGAAGUUGACGUGGCGCUGUGGAGUUUCGUGGAGGCGACAUGCAACGGACGCACGCGAAUUGCGUAUUUCAAGCGCCUGAUAUACGAGAAGGACCUUAAUCCGAGGGCCAGCCUGCAGUGGUUUGAGAAUUCACGAGACUUGAAUGACCACUACAAUGUGGAGGUACCUGAUGCACAAGAAAAUGAGCUGUUCUUCACGGCGUUUUCUGAUGCUGUUCCAAUCGAAGCUGUCAAGCGAGUAGUGAUGGUCUUAUCCCAAGCGCACUAUGCUGAGCGGCGCUCGGCCAACUUGCUUCCUCCCGGGAAAGGCAGCUGCUUCAUGUGCUACCGGAAAGUCGAUGGGGGUAAAAUCCGCCGAGUUCGAAUUGAGAGCUUUCAAGGUUACUUCUCUCAAAGUGCUCUGGUUCAGGCUGGCUGUGAUGAACCUGCUAAGGUUCUUGCGUCACGAGAUGACAAGCCAGGCCAGAAAUUGACGAAGCCACGGACGCAGAGGGUUCCAAAGCAUAAAUUGCUGGCUUGCCUAAACAGUCCUGGGAGGAAAUGCUCUUCAGUGCAAUCCUUGAAUAUCUCUGACUCAGAUAUGGAUGCUGAUGAAGCAGAUGGUCGUGUUGAAGACGAGGGUGAAACUCAGCCUUGGGAGCUUGCGCGGACGGGAAAGAGAGAAAUAUGGGUCGCAUCUGUGGGGAGUCUGAUCGAAGUUCUGAGUGAUGACGUGUCACGACUUUGUUGGCGCCCUGCUGAAGUCGUUUCUUCAAAGCCGCUGGAGGUCAAAGUGCGCUACUUUACAUCCCCCAGCAUCUCAAGUGAGGCUCAGGAGGCCCUGGAAGUAUCAAGUUUGUGCAUGAGAAAUUUCUUCGAAGAUCAAGAGAAUGGGUGCGAGGUCAUUGGGAGGUCCUGCGUCCGCAAAAGCAGUUCGCCAACAAGGCUGCAAGUAUGCACGUCGACAGAGAGUUGAGAUUCGCCCCCGAUUUUCCUCCCCAGGAGCUUGCAGGUGAGCUUUCAGUUUCAUUUUCUUAAUUCUCAAAAUUUCUAGGACGCAUUUGACUUGAUGUUAUUGGCUCUUUGAGGCAGGUCCAAAUACUUUGAAUCAGCGUGGAAGAGCUCGAGCUCUAGGUUUCCUCCAGUACCUUCAUGAAAUUGUUCAAGAAGCGUUGCAGAGAGAGGAAUCAUGUGACUUUGAGCAGGCACAGGCGGUCGAAGGCCCAGGCUUGGAUGAAGAUUUGGAAGGCCCUGAUCCAAUCAAUUCCUUGGCGGCUCACCCUAAGUUGGUCCCUGAAGCUACAAGCAGUGUUGGGGAUGGAAACACGAGGCAGCUGUGGGAAGAAUACAGCUCAUGCACACCAGAAGGGAGCUUGUCAUCAGACCUGGCAACACACCAUGAUUCUACAAAAGAGGUCACCACGAGAAACUUGUGCCAGGGGAGCCAGUUAAAGCCCUCAACUUGCAGAGACAGCAACGUCAGUCAAGAAGGAAAGAUGACUCUGGACAUGCUGUCAAAGUGUUCGGGGGACAGUUUACAGCACAAUCAAGACCAAGACGCAGUCACAAUGGAAGUCUCCAGCUCUCAGGACUUCUCUGAGCGACUUGGAUACACACAACCCCACACUGGGUGUGCGAGCUCCAUUCCACAGCAACAAAGCACCAAUGUCUGUCUUGCCGACCGUCCGGUGUCUCCAAAUUGGCUGCAGCUUGGGUUGACUACAGUUGCUGAAGUGAGUCCACCCUCUGCUCAACCCCAGUGCCAGCCCCACAGCAUGCCAGAGGUCAUAGCCAAUGCAAAGAUCGAGCCUGUUUCCUUGCCACCGGUGCACUGCAUGCCCGCGGGGAUAUGCUAUCAGCCACCAUGCGCCAUGGAAUUCAGCGACUGUUCGACUCAACCUAGGCCUCCGUCGUCAUCCCCACCUGCAACUCCUCCACCGCCUCCCUACCCACCGCCACCAUCUCCCUUGAAAGUCACCGCACAUCCAGAUUUCCUCCUUUUGUAGCGAGCUUGUGAAUGGCAUGCUUUCGUUUCAUUUUACGUAAUGCCUUAAUUGUAUGUAAUCAUGUUAGUCCUAUUGCAAUUUUUUA